AUGCAGUCUACCACCACCACCAGUCGCCGCCUCUUGAGCCGCCUGUCCUCGAGGAUCCACCCGCCGCUACCACUGUCACCCCGCGAGAGCCAGCAGCUACUCAACUUGCUCACCACUUCCUUUCGCGCCCACCUGGACCGCGAGCACCCUCUCCCUAUCCCCGAAGACAAUCCUCGCAAAACAGCAAAGCCCGCUACAAAUGGAGCCGCUUCUCCCAUGCUCGCUGCCUCAUCCUAUGCCACUGCGACUCGACACAUCGACUCCAUCCUCACAAGUCCUCUGUUUGCUGUGAAGCCGCGCCGGCGGGGCUCCGAGUCAGCUGCAGUCGACGUCAUCAAGGAUCCCAUGGCCUGGUUCGUCAAUGAGAUUGCAGCUGGUUCUGCCACUCUGCCCAAGGCUGCCUUGUGCCUAGAAAUGCUGCAAUCGUCGACGGCCAACUUCUCUCAGAUACCAACCCUUGACAAAUCACCAGCGGCCAUCUUUUCGGAAUGGCUUCGGAAUAGUGGUCUGGACAUGUCGAGACAGUUUGUAGAAAUGUCAAUGUCUCCGUCAAUAACCAGAGCCUCGCUCUUCUUACAUCGUCUGGUCACACUACUUGUGGCCGAGGGCGAGACUGCAGAUACAUGGCGCUGGUUCAUGUCGUGA